AUGGGUGAAUUGACAUACUUCCUUGGUCUUCAAGUAAAGCAAGCUAGAGAUGGAAUCUUUAUUCACCAAUCCAAGUAUUGCACUGACUUGUUGAAGAAAUUCAAAAUGCUGGACUAUAAGGAGGCUGAGACUCCUAUGGCAACAAACUGCUACUUGGAUCUUGAUGAAGCUGGAAAGAGUGUUGAUCAAAAAAUGUAUAGAGGUAUGAUUGGAUCAUUACUAUAUCCAAUUGCUAGUAGAACUGAUAUAAUGCACAAUGUGUGCCUUUGUUCUAGAUUUCAGUCUUCUCCUAAAGAAUCAUAUUUAACUAUUGUGAAAAUAAUUUUAAAAUACUUUAAAGGAACCAAAAGUCUUGGACUCUGGUAUCCAAAUGGAACAAAUAUUUUUCUGGAAGGAUUUAGUGAUUCUGAUUUUGGAGGCUGCAAACUAGAUAGAAAGAGCACCAGUGGCACUUGUCAUUUACUUGGAUCUACAUUGAUCUCUUGGGAUUCAAAGAAGCAAUCUUGUGUGGCAUUAUCCAUCACAGAAGCUGAUUACAUAGCAGCUGGAAGUUCUUGUGCACUAUCUCUUUAG